AUGGAGGGCGGCGGCGCCGGAAGCGGCAUGGAGAGGUGGCGCGAGAUGUUCCGGGGCGCCGACAUCUACGACGUGAUCCGCAACGCCAUCCUCAUCGCCGGCGCCGACUCGCCGCGGGAGCUGCUCCGCCGCCGCCAAGGCAUCAUCGAGUGGCUGUUCGCCGUCGCGCCGGUGACGGUGCCGGUGCCGGCGCCGCUCGCCUGCGGCAGGGUCGUCGACGGCGCCGGAAAUCGCCUACCACCAGCAGCCAUCCCCGACGGAGGUGGCCAUCACCAUGAUGACAACGAUGGCAACUUCGCCGCCGCCGAGGCACAAACCUCGCUGAUCGAUCAGCAGAUACUCGAGGCUCUCUACGACGAGAUCGAGGAGGAUACGCAGGUGAUCAACGAGGUGCUCCGCAUCAAGGAUAUCCUCAUCAACUACAAGGAGCAGUCGGUUGACACUUUGUUCGACGGUCUGAGGAGGCUGCAGCUGAUGCGGCUGUCUAUCUCGGUGCUGAAGAGUACUCAGAUUGCAGAAGCUGUUGCUCCGUUGAACAAGCAUAGGUCACCGGUAAUAUGCAAAAUAGCACGUGAUCUCGCCAAGUAA